UUCUUCGCCGACCACUCGGCGCUCGACAAUUAACAAUCGCACUCACCUUCACUUUCACUCUUGCGACCUUGGCUUCACCCCUUCCGUGAACAUCGAAUAUCAUCGAGUAUCAAUCUUUGAAAAUCCAAAAACCCAAUCUCACACACCGCCACCAUGUCUCAACAAUACACCAAGGCCGAAGUCGCCCAGCACAAGGACGAGAAGUCCAUGUUUAUCAUUGUCGACGACGGUGUCUACGAUAUUGCCGGCUUCCUCGACGACCACCCGGGCGGCGCAAAGAUCCUUAAGCGCAUGGCCGGGAAGGACGCCACCAAGCAGUUCUGGAAGUACCACGGCAAGAGCGUGCUCGAGAAGUACGGGCCCAAGCUCAAGGUCGGCACGCUCAAGGAGGAGGCCAAGCUUUAAGCGUAUCCUUCCGCUUGGUUGUUGGGGUCGGUGGGGGAGCAGUUGUGAGUGGGUGUACAUACGAGGCAUGAUCUACUUGUUGGGCAUACUGCGGCGGCGUGGCAUGGCAUUGAUACCACCAAUACAGCGAUGCUGAUUUGACUUAA